GUUACGCGCUGAACGGGAGUAGCAGCGGAGCGGGAGGAGAGACACCGAGCUGCAGAAAACCGUUACACGGGCAGCGCUGCUUUACCUCACGCGCACCGAGCCGCUUUAACGGAGGACCAGGGCGUGUACCGGUGCGUCUAACGGACAAUCAUGAGCGCCGUUGGACGGGAACCGAAGCGGCACCGGCUUUGAGCGCGUUUUCAUCGUUGGAAUCGCUCGAGCCGUUUUUUUUUGUCUUCUUUUUUUUUUUUUUGCGGCCGUUCACGUCACGCUGACAUUUAUUAUUUGAAGCGGCAGAUUCCCGGAGCGUUGCGACCUGAAUCCCGGAGCGUUGAUUUUCCCUGACAUCAUCAUCAUCAUCACCACCACCACCAUCAUCAUCGUCGUUCGUCGUUCGGUGUGAACGGGCAGAUUCGGUGGGUCAGUCGUCGACGGGAAUCCGCGGGAUUUACGACAGGAUUCCGCGGGUGAAAAUCAUCCGCCGCUCGGAUUCUGACGUUCGCGGCGCGUUUCUGUGGGAAAUCGGAUCUUUUCCCGAGGAUCUGUCGUCGGGACUAUGGCUGACGACGACGUGCUGUUCGAGGAUGUGUACGAGCUGUGUGAGGUGAUCGGGAAGGGUCCGUUCAGUGUGGUGCGGAGAUGCAUCAACAGAGACACUGGACAGCAGUUUGCUGUGAAGAUCGUAGAUGUGGCGAGUUUCACCUCCAGCCCUGGACUCAGUACAGAGGACCUGAAGCGGGAGGCCAGUAUCUGUCACAUGCUCAAACACCCGCACAUCGUGGAGCUGCUGGAGACCUACAGCUCGGACGGGAUGCUCUACAUGGUCUUCGAGUUCAUGGAUGGAGCCGAUCUGUGUUUUGAGAUUGUGAAGAGGGCCGAUGCCGGGUUCGUCUACAGUGAGGCGGUGUCCAGUCACUACAUGCGACAGAUACUUGAAGCCCUGCGCUAUUGUCAUGACAACAACGUCAUACACAGAGACGUCAAGCCUCACUGUGUGCUGCUGGCCUCUAAGGAGAACUCUGCUCCUGUCAAGCUGGGCGGCUUCGGCGUGGCGAUUCAGCUGGGCGAGUCGGGCCUGGUGGCGGGAGGUCGGGUAGGGACCCCUCACUUCAUGGCUCCUGAAGUGGUCAAGCGAGAGCCGUACGGGAAGCCGGUGGACGUUUGGGGUUGCGGUGUGAUUCUCUUCAUCCUGCUGAGCGGCUGUUUGCCUUUCUACGGCACCAAGGAGCGCCUGUUUGAAGCCAUCGUGAAGGGGAAGUACAAGAUGAACCCUCGGCAGUGGAGUCAGAUCUCUGAGAGCGCUAAAGACCUGGUGCGGCGUAUGCUAAUGCUGGACCCAGCCGAGAGAAUCACCGUCUAUGAAGCCCUCAACCACCCCUGGCUCAAGGAGAGAGAUCGCUACUCGUACAAGAUCCACCUUCCGGAGACGGUGGAGCAGCUGAGGAAGUUCAACGCUCGGAGGAAACUCAAGGGUGCCGUCCUCGCUGCCGUCUCAAGUCACAAGUUCAACUCGUUCUACGGUGACCCUCCGGAAGACCUGCAUGACUUCUCGGAGGACCCCACGUCCUCAGGAUUGCUUGCUGCAGAAAGGGCCGUGUCUCAGGUGCUGGACAGUCUGGAGGAGAUUCAUGCACUGACGGACUGCAGUGAGAAAGAUCUGGACUUCCUGCACAGCGUCUUCCAGGACCAACAUCUGCACACACUGCUGGAUCUGUAUGAUAAGAUCAACACCCGCUCGUCGCCUCAGAUCAGGAAUCCUCCCAGCGACGCCGUCCAGAGAGCCAAAGAGGUGUUGGAGACGCUCUCCUGUUACUCGGAGAACAUGGAGGCGAAAGAGCUGAAGAGGAUCCUCACGCAGCCGCACUUCAUGGCUCUUCUACAGACUCAUGAUGUUGUCGCUCACGAGGUGUACAGUGACGAGGCUCUGAGAGUCACUCCUCCUCCUACUUCCCCGUACCUGAACGGAGACUCUCCCGAGAGCAUCAACGGGGACCUGGACCUGGAGAACGUGACGCGCGUGCGACUCGUGCAGUUCCAGAAGAACACGGACGAGCCCAUGGGAAUCACUCUGAAGAUGAACGAUCUGAACCACUGCAUUGUGGCCAGAAUCAUGCAUGGAGGGAUGAUCCACAGACAAGGGACGCUGCAUGUUGGAGACGAGAUCCGUGAGAUCAACGGCAUCAGCGUGGCCAAUCAGACGGUGGAGCAGCUGCAGAAGAUGCUGCGCGAGAUGCGAGGCAGCAUCACCUUUAAAAUCGUGCCCAGUUACCGCAGCCAGUCUCUGUCCUGUGAUAAAGAUUCCCCGGAUCUGUCCAGACAGUCUCCUGCCAACGGACACUCCAGCGUCACCAGCUCCAUCUUAGUAAGACAACAGUCUACAGAGAGUCCUACAAAACCACAGCACAAUGCAUUAUGGGUUCAUAUGGAUCUGCCAUCAACUAUUCAGCCCAAAGGAAGACAGAUCUCCAGACCUGCAGUCAAGGAUAAAAUGUUUCGCAAGAUUUACGUGCGAGCGCAGUUCGAGUACGAUCCCGCUAAAGACGACCUGAUUCCCUGCAAAGAGGCCGGGAUCCGCUUCCGGGUCGGUGACAUCAUCCAGAUCAUCAGCAAAGACGACCACAACUGGUGGCAGGGAAAACUGGAGAACACCAAGAACGGCACAGCAGGACUCAUCCCCUCCCCAGAGCUGCAGGAGUGGCGUGUGGCGUGUAUGGCGAUGGAGAAGACCAAGCAGGAGCAGCAGGCGAGCUGUACGUGGUUCGGCAAGAAGAAGAAACAGUACAAAGACAAAUACUUAGCAAAACACAACGCAGUGUUUGACCAACUAGAUCUAGUGACGUAUGAAGAGGUGGUGAAGCUGCCCGCGUUCAAGAGGAAAACGCUGGUGCUGCUGGGCGCUCACGGAGUCGGCCGGAGACACAUCAAGAACACUCUCAUCGCCAAACACCCGGACAGAUUCGCGUAUCCCAUCCCACACACGACCAGACCUCCGAAGAAGGACGAGGAGAACGGGAAGAACUACUUCUUCGUGUCACAUGACCAGAUGAUGCAGGACAUCUCCAACAACGAUUACCUGGAGUACGGCAGCCACGAGGACGCCAUGUACGGCACGCGGCUGGAGACGAUCCGGCAGAUCCACGAGCAGGGCCUGGUGGCGAUCCUGGACGUGGAGCCGCAGGUACGGGCCGGCCCGGAUCCUCCCGCUGUCUCCCCGAGCGCUUCUGACGAGCUUGCGUUGUGUUCACAGGCGCUGAAGGUUCUGCGGACCGCCGAGUUUGCGCCGUACGUUGUGUUCAUCGGGGCGCCAACCAUCACUCCCGCCAUGACCGAGGACGAGUCUCUGCAGCGGCUCCAGAAGGAGUCCGAGGCGCUCCAGCGCUCAUACGCUCAUUACUUCGAUCAGACGGUCAUCAAUAACGAGAUCGACGACACCAUCCGCAUGCUGGAGGAGGCCAUCGACCUGGUGUGCAGCACUGCGCAGUGGGUGCCCGUGUCCUGGGUGUACUAGCCACACACACACACACACGCACGCCACGGACUACCAGCGCCGAGUGUUGUAUAUACCUAUACAUAUAUAAAUAUCUAUAAAUAUGAAUAUAUAAGUCAUAGAUAUGGUCCUGUACUAAUACCGAGGGGGUUGAUGACAUUUUAUACUGUUUUCUUUUUAAAUGUACGAGACGGCGUCUCUGAGCAAUGAUGAGCACAGUCUGUCAAUCAAACCUUAGCUGUGGGCGUGGCUUCGUGACUCCACCCACUGACGGUGUACAAGCACAGCUCACACACACACACACACACACACCCCUCUGUUUACAGUAGGUUUGCACAAGGGCAGCUCUUCCUCGGUUGCUCCUCUUCCUCGAUGUGUCCGUGUCUCUCCCGAAUCCGGACGGACGCUUCCCUCUUCCCAGUGUUAGUGACGUGUUUGUAAAUGUCCUGGAUUUGAUUUCUUGUGCGGAAACGGGGUGGAAAAUAUUCAUUCCUAGAUCGAUCCUUUCAGAAAAUGUGCUGUCUUAAAAGAGUAUUAUUGUUUUACUCCCGAGAGGAUUUUACUGUGUGUAAAUGUUUCAAUGGUGCGUUCCUUUUGCGGUUGAAAUGAAGUAGUGUGUGUAUAAACAACUGAACAGACUGUGUGAACUCUUCAUUUCAUAUUGCCCUGUGUACAUGAUCUCUGCAAAGGACAAAACUGCUCUUCGAUAUGUUUUUUUUAAUCUAUUUCCUUUCAUGUGUUGAAUAAGUAAAUUGCUUUUGAAAUCA